AUGAAGAGCACUUGUGAUGAAUGGAAACCUUUUAUAGUAAUGAUAGCAAUUGAUAUUUCUUUUGCGGCAGUGAAUAUUCUUCUUAAGAAAGUCCUUGAAGAGGGGGUGAACCAUUUGGUUUUCAUCACAUACCGGUUGUCAAUUGCUACUAUCUUCAUAGCUCCAAUCGCCUACUUCAGGGAAAGAAACGACAGACCAAGGCUCACAUUUCGAAUUUUAUGUUACCUCUUCUGCAGUGCCAUUGUUGGGGCGUCAGUCACUCAAUACUUUGUCCUUGUGGGGAUCCAAUAUACUUCUGCUACCUUCUCUUGUGCUUUCAUCAACAUGGUGCCAGUGGUCACAUUCAUGAUGGCAUUACCUUUUGGAUUAGAGACUGUGAAAAUCAAAUGCAACAGUGGGAGAGCUAAGAUUCUUGGUUCAUUGGUGUGCAUAGGUGGUGCAUUGAUGUUGACACUUUACAAAGGAAAGCCACUGUUUAAUUUUUCUCACUAUGAAUCUGCAGCUUCUGUGGCCAAGAGUUCUACAGUGAAGCUAGAUUCUACAAAGACAACUGAGAGAUGGACUAUUGGUGUAAUAGCCAUGGUUUUGGGAACCAUCUUUUGGUCUUCUUGGUAUAUUUUACAGUCAAAAAUAAGCAAGAGAUAUCCUUGCCAGUAUUCUAGCACAGCCAUGAUGAGCUUCUUUGGAGCCAUUCAAUCAGCUGUUAUUUGCUUAUGCACUGACCACAACUUGUCCAUUUGGGUUCUCAAGGGAAAGAUACAAAUCAUUGCUAUUCUAUACUCUGGGAUGAUAGGAUCAGGUUUGUGUUUUGUCGGAAUGUCAUGGUGUGUGAAGAAGAGGGGUCCUGUCUUUACUGCAGCAUUCAGUCCUCUUGUUCAGAUAAUGGCAGCAAUGAUUGAUAUCCCUGUAUUGCAUGAACAGCUCCACCUUGGAAGUGUGAUGGGAUCCAUCUUGGUGAUUGUUGGAUUAUACAUUCUUCUGUGGGGUAAGAGCAUGGAAAUGACGAAUCUUGCGAAAAAGUCAGUCCAAGAAACUGAAGAAACCAAGGAACAAGAGCCACAACCGCAAAUACAACAGUUGACAGUGUAUGUUCACGCAGAAUCGUGCGAUUCAUAA